UUUCAACCAUCUGGCACCUUCAAUCCCAAAAACAUCUGCAUCUUCCAAACAAGCGAAGGAGCACCCAUCAGCAUGUUUCUCCCCUCCUCUCUCCCUCUCAUCUCCCGUCGUCAAAAAGAAACCCAUCCAGAUCCGUUCAUUUGAUGAGAGGGGAAUCAUCUCUGAAAAACACAUCAGCAACCAGUGUGAAAGAUCAUUCGUCCCAAUUUGUUCGCAGACACCUUGUCUGCCCUCCUGGAGCAUAUCAUGUCAUUACUCACAGAGAAACCAUGCAGAAAGAGCUUCAACCCUCCCAAGAACCAAACCUAAAACUUUUCACUCUACAAAGCCGUUCAUCUCCAUUUCUCCUGCUCAGAAGCCAAAUUCCUCUCCCACUUCUCUGAAGCCAAAGCCAAGAGAUUCUCUUCAUCCCUCUGCCUCACAUUUCAGUGAUCCUUCAUCGUUUCUGCACCAGCCUCCACCCAAACCGAGCAUUUCUCCGACCCUGAUUGUCCCAACACCCAGACUGAGUCCGUCUCCGACAGGGAUGAGUAUGGACAGCCAAGGAGGCAAACAACCCUCCCCAGUUGCUCAAGCGAGACGUGCAAGAUCGAUAACAAUAUCUAACCCUAAAAAAGAGUCUGAGUCCUUCAGACAGAGAUCCUCCACUGAGGCAAAGCAUGACGUCCUAGACCAAGCAGUGUUACUGGACUUUACUCAUCCUGUGCUGCGGAGAGUUCCUUUCAUGACAUGCAGAGGCUCACAAAGGCACACAGGCAUGAAUCAGAACUCCUGCUUACCACAAGGAAAAGUUUGUUUGGAUAAAAAAGAGCAGAAUGCAAAAGAGCAACCAAAGCCUCCACAUAGGAAUUUGGGCAUCACUGCAAACCAUAAACCAAAGUCAAACAUCCAACAGGAGCAGGAGCUCCUGCAAAGUGGCACAACAGGUAUGCAAACUUUGAAUUCAGAGUCAAAGUUUGCCAAUGUUUUUGAGAAGGAAACACAGCCAAGGUUUGAUAGACAGGUUGCCCAGUCAGGCCUCAACCCUCACAGGAAAUGUGCAGACUUUGCUCACACUGGCACAGCAGUGUUUCCUGCAAAUGAACAAUCAAACGAGCAAAGAUUUUCAGAGAAACAAAAGAUUCCCCAAAUGUCAUUUUCCACAGAGCCUCUUGUGAAACAGCCAUCUGUCUCACCCAAUAUUGAGAUCCGGAGAAGACAGUUUGACUUGAAUGAUGACACAAAAGUAAAAACAAUAUCAGGCACGAAUCUCAGGAGGCCUCAAGAGGAAACAGCGAGGAGUUUGUGUAAUAUGCUCCCACAGAAUCCAUGUCAAAAGUCUCCUCAGAAACUGAGACUCUGGUCAGGUCGAAGCACACAGAUUGAUGUGAAGCUUGCAGUAACUCAGCCUGACUGUGUUUCAAAGGAUUACCAGUCAAAAGCAAUCGAUCAGAAAACAGAGUCUCCUCAGAGAGCACACAGAUUAAAUCGACUAAAGACGUGUCUGGUGUCUCCUCGAUCACAGGAGGUCUCCGGACCUGAUUCUAUUCAGUGCUUCACAUCAGAACCGGAUGUUGUAUCAGAAAAACACCAGUUAGAUCACAAACUGUCUGAAACAUGCACACUGAUGAGUUUCAAUGGCAGUCAGACAGAUGUUUUUGCCACAUCCGACCACAGCAGGUUGCCUGCAAAUCUACCAGAGUGCCAGCCAGAGAAGUGUGAUGUAAGCUGGCCGUCCUCUGCAGCACAAUGCUCAUUCAACACAAACAAGUUUGGCAUCAGUUCAGAGCGGCUGUCAGACCACAAAGCAUGCAAGAGAUCAAACGAAACUACGGCAACAGCAGCUCCUCUUCCACUACAGCAAGCGAAUAACUUCCCAGCAGGCAGAGCUUUUCUCACGGAGGAAGCAGAAGAUCCUUAUUAUGUCACCAUGUAUUACCCAGGUUCAGUGUAUGUGGACAUGUCAGACGUAGUUCCCCCAGAAGUGAGACCAAAACCAGCCGUCCCUGCUAAGCCACCGAAUGUGGGGGCUCCAUCCCCUUCCAGCCCAUUCCCACCCCAGGGCCCAGGUGUUGGCGGAGGCGUUUCUGCUCCUCCUCCUCCAAGUGCCAUCCCAGUGCCCAUCGGGAGUCACGGCCCCAGAGAUGUUAGCAGAGAUGUCAGUAGUCACAGUGUGGGUCACGGUGUGGGGCAUGGGCCAGGCCACGGGCCAGGCCAUGGUGGGGCUCACACUGCUGUACACAAUGGAGGUCACAGUCAUGGCGGCUCCCACAGCACCGGCAGUGGAUCCACACUGCUUGGAUAUAUUGGCAUUGACACCAUCAUUGAGCAGAUGAGGAAGAAGACCAUGAAGACUGGCUUUGACUUUAAUAUCAUGGUUGUUGGUCACAGUGGUCUGGGAAAGUCAACUCUGGUGAACACCCUCUUCAAGUCCCAGGUGAGCAGGAAGAGCGCAGGAUGGGCCCGUGAUGAGAAGAUCCCCAAAACUGUAGAGAUCAAAGCAGUGUCCCAUGUCCUUGAGGAGGGCGGCGUGAAAAUGAAGUUAACAGUUGUCGACACUCCAGGGUUUGGAGAUCAGAUAAAUAACGACAACUGCUGGGAACCCAUCUCCAAGUACAUCAAUGAGCAAUAUGAAAAGUUUCUUAAGGAGGAGGUCAAUAUCACCAGAAAGAAGCGCAUCCCAGACACCAGGGUGCACUGCUGCCUUUACUUCAUUCCCCCAACUGGACACUCUCUCCGACAGCUGGAUGUCGAGUUCAUGAAGCGCUUGAGUCACUCAGUCAACAUUAUUCCUGUCAUUGCUAAGGCAGACACUUUGACCAUUGAGGAGAGACAAGAGUUCAAACAGCGGGUAAGGAAGGAGCUGGAGAUGGGAGGGAUUGAGUUUUACCCACAAAAAGAGUUUGAUGAGGACAUGGAGGAUAAGAGCGACAAUGACAAGAUCAGAGAGGCCAUGCCCUUUGCUGUGGUGGGCAGUGACAAAGAAUAUCAAGUGAAUGGCAAACGAGUGCUUGGGAGGAAGACACCAUGGGGAAUUGUAGAAGUUGAAAAUUCCAAUCAUUGUGAGUUUGCUCUGCUGAGGGACUUCCUGAUCAGGUCUCACCUCCAGGAUCUGAAGGAGGUCACCCAUAAUAUUCACUAUGAAACCUAUCGUGCCAAGAGACUGAACGAGAAUGGUGGUCUGCACCCCAUAUCCUCCAGUGACACCCAAGAAAGCAACCUGUAGUUAGUCAGCCAGUCUAGUUCAUUCAGAGGGGAAAUCAAAAGAAGAACAAUGAAGCUGAUUGAUGAAUCUACAGAGUAUUUUACUUAUUGUCAUUGCGGCAUUGCUGCAUGCUUGGAAACUUCAGUAAAAUUUGGUGUAAUUUAGUCAUUUUUUUCUGAACUCCAUCGCCUUCUACUCUCACUUCCUCCCUCCAAACAUAUCAAACCCCUCAAACAUCAUAUCAGUAUCAUUCUGUUUCAUUAUACCUAUUUAUAAUGAAAUGAAAUGAAAUGACACUCCCACCCAGAGUCAUAGUGCCAUUAGAGAAGUAACAAUUUAUCUACUGCCAAUGUCUUUUUUUGAACAUCUUACAGGUAGUAAAGCUUAGAAAGUGCCACAUUAUUAUUUAGAUUGAAGUGUUGUGUAGCAACUGAUGUCUUAUUUCUGACAAAUAAGCUCAUUUGCCCUGAACAUUUAACUAAUAAUUACUGUUUCAAUUAUAGUUUAGUCAGCUCUGCAGGAGAAUCUGCACAAAUCACUUUCUAAAUCCUAAGCUGCAAUUUUUCUGAGAAGGAAAACAAUCCCCUAUGGCUUUACUGUCAAGAGGGCUAAGCAAUUAUUACAUGUGAUAUCAUGUGUUGAACCCAGAAAAACUUGCUUACAUGCAUUUACCUGUUUAAAUUUUAUUUUGGUGUCAAAAAUGAGACACAGCUGUGACAUUUGUGACUUAGAAAAUUCAGUGCUGUGAGCAGCUGUGUGUGCAUGUAUUCAAAGGGUCUUCAGAAUGCAUGACUGUGCAGACUGCAGAGCCAAUGAAUCACUGCAGAAGCGCACGCAGACUGAACAUUUUGGGACAAUUCAGCUCAACAAACUUUGGUUCACAGCAGUGAGUACUGAGUAAAGCGAAGUGUUUGAAAGCAUUUGUGCUUAAGUUCACUUGAAAAGGUGAUUUUUCUUUGGUGAUGAAGGAGGAAUGUUAUUAUAAAAAACUAUUAGCUGUUAAAUGUAAUACAUUUUUCCCAAAUACUUUGUAUUGCAAAGUGUUUGCACCUGACUUUUUAUCACAGGCCUGCUGCAUGUUAUUAACCUUCAUCACUAGCAUGGCCAGAUAUCGGAGUUAUUGUACAGACCUCAUUCUUUGAAGACAACUCACCCUGCAGAGGUUUUUCAUUUUUGUAAGCCUUUCAAAUGUAUUCACUAUUCUGUUCCAAAGGACACUGGGCCACUGAUGUGAUCUGAUUAUCAUUCAGGAGACUAAAAAUCGUUAUUCUUAUAUGCCUUGUGCCAUAAAAAGUUUGACUGAACAUAGCAGGACUUUUACUCAGAGAUCAGUUUUUAUGUUAAGAAUUUAAGAUCAAGUCUUCGGUUUGCCACUAGGUGGCAGCACUCCACCUUUUAAACCACUGACUCAACAGAGCAACAGGCCCUUCAGAGUCCUGUCCUCCCUGUUCCUACUGCUGAGAUUUUAAGUUUUUCACAAUUAUUUGAACAAAGUUAACAGUUAAGUGUCUUCAACUUUUUUCAGUGAAAACUAAUAUAUCCCUCCAUAUGAACACUACCAUAUGUUCAAUAGUAUAUUUUGAAGUGUUGGUGUAAUGACAAAUCAUGCUCUUUAAGCUACAAACAAGUUUACAAAGUAUCCUUCAGGAAACAAAACAUAUUGUUCUGCCAUGUACUGUCUAUUUUUGAGGAUGAUAACACCAAAACUAUUAACAAAUCUAAUCUCUAAUUAAUACAGUUGUUCAAGUGAAACAAUUUUACAUAUUUACAGAUGUUUGUGUGGUUUUGGGAUGGAAGAUGUCUGCAACAAAGAGACAGUAGUUGCCUGUGAUCUUAGUGCAGUCAGAUGUUUAAAUCAAGUCAAAACAGUGUUCAUCUGUGCAUGCUUGUGUCCAUUCUGCUUGUUUGCUCACGGCCAAUCUGGUCACACAUUACUGCAGCUGUCUGAACGUGAGAUAUGAACAUGAAAUUUCUAUAUCAUCGGGUAAAGUGCUGCCGUCUUAAGUCCUGUAACAAAACUGACAGUAAAAUUUCAACAUGUCUCUUAUCAGUAUGAAUCAGUGGAACCUCGAUUUGUAAAUUUAUCAUAACUUUUUUUCAAAGUUGCUGUGACACAAUGGGAUAUAACUUUCAGUGUUGCAUUGAGUUGUUGUUUAUACAUUAAUGUCUUGUUAUUGUAAUUUAUUCUUUAAUUAAUAAAAGCACAUUCCCAUGGUCUUUUGACAUUUUUUAUUCCACCAGUUUGUUUGUAUUUGUCUUGAAAUGCAUAUGAACCCACC